GGAGAACAAGUCUACACCAAUAAAUAAAAAGAGAGGGAAAAAAAUCACCUUUUCUGUACUUAUGCUUAACUUUAAACAAUCGUCAUCUUCUCAUGUAUGUUUGGUCUGUGCAGGAAACACAGAAUAACUAGUUUGCUUGUUGAUUUUUAUAUAUAUAUAUAUUUAUACAUAAUUUUUUUUUCUUUUCCCUCCUUCCCCCUCAUUUUCUUUCUUUCCCUUCUCUCCUUUAUUAUUAUUAUUAUUAUUUUUUGUUGUUGUUGUUAUCAUUAUUAUUUAUUUUGUUGUUUAUUUAGUUUCUAUAUAAAUACGAUUCAUAUUUAAUUUGUCCUUUUUCUUCUUCUCUUUCUUUUUCUUAAAUUUCAUGUAUCAACUUGACGCUAACAAAAGAAACAGACAUGAUAUGGGUAAA